GAUACUGAAGCUGUAGGAUCUGGCCAAAGGAGAAAAACAAAAGAAAACACCGCAGCGUAGUUUGAAAGUGUACACCGGUCUCCCAACUGGGACAAGUUUGUUUUUCCUCUUCGCAUCUGACAGCUCACGGGACGGCUGGAGAGGAGACAGCACAUUGUUGUUGUUGUGUUUUUUUUUUAACCAAGUUAGCUGCUAGGAGGAUAAGGAAGAAAAAAAAAAGUCUCACAGUGUGGUUUACACAUGGCAGUGUAGCAGAGCAUUUCACAGCGAGACAGAUAGCUGGAUGAUUCUGGACUCUUGCUGAGUGUACAGAAGUUUUGCGGGUUUCCUGCCCGAUCGCUGAAAGAAGCAUGUGGCUGAUUGUUUUUUUUACUUUGGGCUCUGAUCUCGUCUUAGCUUCAGGCUACAACUCCUUUCGGAAGAGCAUGGACACUAUCGGGAAGAAACAGUACCAGGUCCAGCACGGGUCGUGCAGCUACACUUUCCUCUUACCGGAGACGGACAACUGCCGUUCUUCUUCCAACACCUAUUUCUCCAACGCCGUGCAGAGGGAUGCCCCGCUAGACUACGACGAUUCAGUGCAAAGACUCCAAGUGCUCGAGAACAUCAUGGAAAACAACACCCAGUGGCUCAUGAAGCUGGAGAAUUAUAUCCAGGACAAUAUGAAGAAAGAAAUGGUAGAGAUGCAACAGAACGCAGUACAGAACCAUACUGCAGUGAUGAUUGAAAUAGGCACCAAUCUGCUAAAUCAAACGGCAGAACAGACCCGCAAAUUAACAGAUGUUGAAGCACAAGUAUUAAACCAGACAACCAGACUUGAGCUUCAGCUUCUAGAACAUUCACUUUCCACCAACAAAUUGGAAAAGCAAAUAUUGGAUCAGACGAGUGAAAUAACCAAAUUGCAAGAGAAGAACAGCUUCCUAGAAAAGAAAGUCCUCGACAUGGAAGACAAACACACAGUUCAACUCCAGUCCAUAAAAGAUGAAAAAGAUCAACUUCAAGUAUUAGUAUCCAGACAAAAUUCUAUAAUCGAGGAAUUGGAGAAACAACUAGUGACAGCUACAGUAAACAAUUCAGUUCUUCAAAAACAGCAGCACGAUCUCAUGGAAACUGUGCACAACUUGCUUACGAUGAUUUCGUCACCGAACUCUAAGAACUCCUUUGUGGCUAAAGAAGAACAAAUCCUGUUCAGAGACUGUGCUGAGGCGUACAAAUCGGGACUCACGAGCAACGGCAUCUACACGUUAACGUUCCCUAACUCCACAGAAGAGACAAAGACAUAUUGUGACAUGGAAUCAGGCGGCGGUGGAUGGACGGUCAUUCAGCGGCGUAUAGAUGGCAGCGUGGACUUUCAUCGGACAUGGAAAGAAUACAAAAUGGGAUUUGGUGAUCCGGCGGGGGAGUAUUGGCUAGGAAACGAACUUGUUUCCCAGCUGACUAAUCGGCAACGCUAUGUCCUUAAAAUUCAACUCAAAGACUGGGAAGGAAACGAGGCAUAUUCAUUCUAUGAACACUUUUAUCUCUCCAGUGAAGAACUCAACUACGGGAUCCACCUCAAAGGACUUACAGGGACAGCAGGCAAAAUAAGCAGCAUAAGCCAACCAGGAAAUGAUUUUAGCACAAAGGAUGCCGACAAUGACAAAUGUAUUUGCAAAUGUUCACAAAUGCUCACAGGAGGCUGGUGGUUUGACGCCUGUGGCCCUUCCAACCUGAACGGAAUGUACUACCCGCAGCGGCAGAACACAAAUAAAUUCAAUGGGAUUAAGUGGUACUACUGGAAAGGCUCGGGCUACUCUCUUAAAGCCACAACUAUGAUGAUCCGGCCGGCAGAUUUCUAAACGUCCAGUCUCCCCCCCGGAAUGGCGUGUUAUAUUAUCUUCAAAGACUUCGUUUGCCAAGCUUUAAACGCCCAGCUGCCUCUUGUCUCGUUUCCCACCUCAGAAAACACGCGAUAUUGCUCUGAAAGGAUCAACGUGUUCAGAUUCUUGAGCUCGGUAGUCUUCGUCAGCUAAACAUGCAUUACUCAGCUAAUGGCUAAAAUACGGCUAAAAUAUGAAGUGGCGGGGAAUCGCAACGAUCUGGAAGAAGGACUAUUGGAGAGAAGAAAAUUCCAGGUCGAGGCAUGGUCUGACAAUUUAAUGACUCUAUCGUCACGGCUGCCUAUGCUCUAUGUGAGGUGAACAGUAAAUAACUGGAACUGUGAAAUAAGCAUAUCUAUAACAUAGUGUUAGGAGUGUACGUUUGUGCCUCACUAAACUUAACACAACACUUUUGAUAUACAAAACAGUUAAUCCUGAAUUUGCAGCCCCAACUGUUUGUCUCAUAUACUGUUUGUAGGUUGUGUAAAUAUAUUUAGGGUUCUAAAUUUUGCCUCACUCCUUUCGUUAAAAGGAUAAUCAUUUCCUUUUCUCACACCCCUGGCGUCAUUUUAGAAGUGAUUCAGGGGUUUGUGUUGGAUUGGUUCUUGGAUGAUUUAGUUACUAUGAGAAGAAGAGAGAAAAACAUAUUUAAUGCUUUUUACUCCUCCAUUUAAGUGUUCGAAAUUUUAUCCAGGGGAAAUUAGUAU